AUGGCGUCCUCGCUGGAGGAGGGAGGAGGAAGUAUAAAAGACUGCUGCGACCGCCAGGAAGCCCAGGCCCUCUCCACAUGCAGCAAUGCCAGUAUCUUUCAGAAGAUAAACGCCAUAUUGGAUAACUCUCUGAAUUUCAGUGGCGUCUGCACUACACCCACCAACCAAGAAGUUCAUGAUCAUUUGCCAUCAGACUUCCCGGACUCCGAGGACGCAGUCGCAAGCAGGAUGCUCUUCCCCACCUCUGCGCAAGACUCUCCCCGGGGCCUCCCAGAUGCAAAUGACUUGUCCCUUGGCCUGCAGUCCCUCAGCCUCACGGGCUGGGACCGGAUCUGGAGCACCCAGGACGCAGAUUCCUCAGCCCAGAGCAGCACACACUCCGUACUGAGCAUGCUCCACAACCCACUGGGCAGUGUCCUGGGGAAGCCCCCCCUGAGCUUCCUGCCACUGGACCCCCUUGGAUGCGACGUGGACAAGUUCCCGGCGCCCUCGGUCAGAGGCGCCCGCAUGGACACACGGCCCAUCUUGGACUCCCGCUCCUGCAGCCCCUCGGACUCGGACACCAGUGGCUUCAGCUCUGGAUCAGAUCACUUCUCAGACUUGAUUUCAAGCCUCCGCAUCUCCUCCCCUCUGCCCUUCCUGUCUCUGACAGGGAGUGGCCCCAGAGAUUCCUUAAAGAUGGGGGUUGGGUCCCAGAUGGACCCAGAGCAAGCUGCUCUCGCUGCUGCUGCCGCUGCCGCUGCCGCCGCCAUCACCCCCUCCCCAACCAGUGCGUCGAAGAGAUGGCCCGGAGCUUCUGUGUGGCCUUCCUGGGACCUCCUGGAAGCCCCCAAAGACCCCUUCAACAUCGAGAGAGAGGCCCGGCUGCACCGGCAGGCGGCAGCUAUGAAUGAAGCUACCUGUACCUGGAGUGGCCAGCUCCCGCCACGGAACUAUAAGAACCCUGUCUACUGCUGCAAAGUGUUCCUGGGAGGCGUCCCCUGGGACAUUACGGAAGCUGGAUUGAUUAACACCUUCCGUGUGUUUGGCUCUCUGAGUGUGGAGUGGCCCGGUAAGGAUGGCAAGCACCCCCGGUGUCCUCCCAAAGGGUAUGUGUACCUGGUGUUCGAAGUGGAGAAGUCGGUCCGGGCCUUGCUGCAGGCUUGCUCGCAUGACCCGCUGAGCCCCGACGGCCUGAGCGAGUUCUACUUCAGAAUGUCCAGCCGCAGGAUGCGCUGCAAGGAGGUGCAGGUGAUCCCCUGGGUCCUGGCUGACAGCAACUUCCUGCGGAACCCGUCCCACAGACUGGACCCCCGCAGGACGGUGUUCGUGGGCGCCCUGCACGGGAUGCUCAACGCCGAGGCCCUGGCGGCCAUCCUCAACGACCUGUUCGGAGGCGUGGUGUACGCGGGGAUCGACACCGAUAAGCACAAGUACCCCAUCGGCUCCGGGCGCGUGACCUUCAGCAAUCAGCGCAGUUACCUGAAGGCCGUCAGCGCUGCCUUUGUGGAGAUCAAAACCACCAAGUUCACCAAGAAGGUUCAGAUCGACCCCUACCUGGAGGACGCUCUGUGCCACUUCUGCAACUCUCAGCCGGGCCCUUUCUUCUGUCGAGAUCAGGUGUGCUUCAAGUACUUCUGCCGGACCUGCUGGCACUGGCGGCACAGCGCCGAGGGCCUGCGCCACCACAGCCCGCUGAUGCGGAACCAGAAGAACCGGGAUGCCAGCUAG